UUAACUAAACUAGUCAAUUAAUUAAAACUAAGUAAAAGUGAGAGGGGUAUUUUAGUAAUUGAAGGAAAAGAAGGUAGGAAGGAAGGUGGUUAGUGAUUGAUUUGAUUCUUGUCUUCCUCACCACUGUUACUCUGUUACCAUACAUAACCAAACAACUAACAAUAUAUUUAACAAUUCAACAACACUAACUCACUCACUUCACAUUUUUAUUUUUUUGAGAUCUGAAAAUCACUAACCACCAAUAUGAGAGAACCAUCGUCAAUUGGAAUCGAAACCAACGGCGUCGUUUCUCCGCCGCCUCAAGCACUUCUUGAAAGACUCAAAGACUACGGUCAAGAAGAUGUUUUCGCUCUUUGGGAUGAACUUUCUCUUGAGGAACGCGAUUUUCUCGUCAGAGACAUUGAGAGUUUAGAUCUUUCUAGAAUUGAUCGGAUUAUUCGGUGUUCAUUGCGAUCUCAAGGUUUGCCGGCAGCUGCCAUUGAACCGGUGCCGGAGAGUAAUGUUUCGAAGGUGGAGGAGCGAAGUCAUGAGGAACGAGAAAAAUGGUGGAAAUUGGGAUUGAAAGCUAUUUCCGACGGCAAAUUAGCUGUUUUGCUUUUAUCUGGUGGACAGGGGACUAGGCUUGGAAGUUCAGAUCCAAAAGGAUGUUUCAAUAUUGGACUUCCAUCUGGAAAAUCACUUUUUCAACUUCAAGCCGAGAGGAUUUUGUGUGUGCAGAGAUUAGCUGCUCAAGCUACAAAUGAGAGUUCUGCUUCUUCAGCGCAAAUUCACUGGUAUAUAAUGACUAGUCCAUUCACUGAUGAGGCAACGCGGAAAUUCUUUGAAAGUCAUAAAUAUUUUGGUCUUGAAGCAGAACAGGUUACCUUUUUCCGGCAAGGGACAAUCCCGUGUGUUUCCAAGGAUGGUAGAAUUAUUUUGGAAACUCCGUAUAGGGUAGCAAAAGCUCCUGAUGGGAAUGGUGGAGUGUAUUCAGCUCUGAAGUAUACCAGAUUAUUGGAGGACAUGGCCUCAAAAGGAAUUAAGUAUAUUGAUUGCUAUGGAGUUGACAAUGCACUGGUUCGAGUUGCUGAUCCAUCUUUUUUAGGUUACUUCAUUGAUAAAGGUGUCGCUGCUGCAGCAAAAGUUGUCCGCAAGGGAUAUCCGCAAGAAAAGGUUGGGGUGUUUGUACAGAGAGGUAAAGGUGGUCCUCUUACCGUAGUUGAAUACAGCGAGUUGGAUCCAUCACUAGCUUCCACAGUCAAUCAAGCAACUGGCCGUCUUCGUUUUUGUUGGAGCAACGUUUGCUUACACAUGUUUACUUUGGAUUUUCUAAACCAAGUGGCAAAUGGCCUUGAAAAGGACAGCAUUUACCACCUUGCAGAGAAGAAAAUCCCUUCCAUUCAUGGACAUACUAUGGGAUUCAAACUUGAACAGUUUAUAUUUGAUGCAUUUCCAUAUGCUCCUACCACUGCACUUUUUGAGAUAUUACGGGACGAGGAAUUUGCGCCUGUAAAAAAUGCAAAUGGCUCCAAUUAUGACACUCCAGAUACUGCUAGAAUGCUUGUUUUUCGACUCCAUACUCGUUGGGUAAUUGCUGCAGGUGGCUUCUUAACACAUUCAGUGCCCUUAUAUGCAACAGGUGUUGAAGUGUCACCACUCUGUUCAUAUGCGGGUGAAAACCUGGAACCUAUAUGUCGAGGAAGAACAUUUCACGCACCUUGUGAGAUUACGUUCUAGUUCUACCCAGUUUGUGCGGCUUUGUGACAAUUUCAAUGAGGGAGUUCUCAGUCCCAUACAUUUCUGAAGAUAAAUUCAUGCAUGCCACUCAUCAUUAUAUCUGAUUAUCUGUAUCUUCUCCAAUCUGUUUAUGAUUGGCUUUUUUGUUUUUGGUUUUUAUUUUUUAAUUUUUUAUCACUUACAUGUUUUGGUGUUGCAAAGGGAUGUACAUGUAUCAUUAUUUUAUUGACCAUUUAUUUGCCCAUGCAGAAUCAAAUAUGUUAUUCCAUUUUCCUUCAAUUUCCUAAAUAAGUUCAUACUUCA